AUGCCUAACUCAAGUGAGCAGUCGCAUUUUGGUGGCUCUCUGGGCCAGCGUGGUGUAGAAUGGUCUGAAGGUCAGAACGACAGGGCGGCAAGUCGCUGUCGCUACUGUGGCACCGUUGCUGGUCAUAGGAAUUCUUUGGCACUGGAUGGAGACGCUGGAGUGGGGUUUCACCAUCACCUAGAUCUCGGUGAGAAACCAGAUCCAGACUUCCAGCCCUCCCUGUACAGGCAGAUCCAUCAGGACCGGCAAGGGCAGCAGCUACUAAGGAAAAACUCUGUGCCCGAGCUAAGCAACAGCCUCUACCUCAGGCAAAUGAUGGCAGGCCGUGCCUCUGCACCACCUCAGGAUUACUACCUAUCUGACGCUACCUUACCUGGUCAGCUAACCGAAGAGUCAGGGUUUUAUAGGGAUAACCACCACCUGCUCACCAGAUCAGCCUUGCAUUAUGGGCCUAGCAAUGGGGGGGUGAGGCCUACCUGGGAUCAAGGACAGACAAGAGCCACACCUUCCGUGCUGCCCUCUGCUUCAACACCUACUCCCGCACCUCCUCCCCCGCCUCCUCCUCUUCCCGUUCAUGAGCUGAGCCGUUUGUACAGGGAAACUCUGGGAUCUAAGAUGAUCCCGGACAUCCACCGUAUUGGUGGCCGCUUUUCCUCUCCUGCAGUCUAUGGGGAUCAGCCCCCUCAUCCUAUUUACUCUGCUGAGCCACCGUCUUUCUCUGCUCACCAAGCGUAUAACAAUUUCAACAGCUUGUCCCUGGACCCCCGCCGGCUACCUGCCACCUGUUCAGGGGUGGACCCAGCUUCUCAGGGAAUGGACGGAGCUCUCCCCCGGGCUUAUGGAGCUGUAGCCUCCCAGAGGUUUUCUUAUGACCAAAACUAUGAUCCCAGCUCAGCCACAGCUGGAAUGUCAUCCAGCGUGCCUCAUCACUAUCCCAGCACUGCAGACCCCAAGAGGAUGGUGGACCCUGCCUUCUUGGCUUUCCUGCGAGCUGAAGGCUUGGCCGAGAGCACUAUUACUCUCCUGCUGCAACAUGGCUUUGAUUCCACUGCCAUGCUAGGAAUGAUGGAGGACCAUGAUGUCCGCUCUGUGGCCCCUAAUUUGGCCCAGGCCCGCGUUCUGUCCCGGGUGGCGCUUGGUUGCAAGGAGAGCGGGACAGUUAUGCGUGCUCGAUCCAAUAGCUUUAGCUAUCGCAAUGACGUCUACAUGCAGCCCCAGGGUUUGACCAUGGACGCCAGCCUGAUGCAGCAACCUCCCACCUCCAUCCAGAACGCGUCCCCCAGGAUGGGAGAGUUUCUUGGUAGAAGACCCAGCAGCGCACCCUCCCAGCACCUCCUGGAGACCACUUCCUACCAAGCAGCACGGCAACUGGCAGCUGGAGCUUUGCCGCUCAGCGCUGGAGGAUAUAGUAGUGCUGUGACUCAGGGAAGACCCGUCUCCAUGUACAAUGCCCAUACCGGUCUUGCCAUGUCUGCUCUUGGACAACAGCCUCCACCAGCCCCGGGCACCCCUGGAGCAGUGCCCAAAACCUUCUCUGGCUCCUAUUCCCCCAUGGAGCUGAUGAAGAGAGCCCCCAACCUUCCCCCACCAUUGCCAGUAGCAGCGCCAAGCCCACUUCACAGCCCCCAACUUCUCCGGAAAGGGAUCAAUGCUGCCCCUGAGAGUACCAAUGCUCCUGCAACUUCUUCCUCCACUCACCAAGUGCAAAACCUUAACAACAGCAAGAUGGUAGGACGUCGCACUGGUCCACCUGUCAUAGUCUCAACCAUGGUCACCACACCUGACACAAGUAUUCGGCCCCAAAUCAUGAAUGGGCCAAUGCAUCCUCGCCCCCUGGUGGCGCUUCUAGACGGGCGCGACUGCACCGUGGAGAUGCCCAUCCUGAAAGACUUGGCAACUGUUGCCUUCUGCGAUGCUCAGUCCACACAGGAGAUACAUGAGAAGGUGCUCAAUGAAGCAGUGGGAGCCAUGAUGUACCACACCAUCACCCUGACCAGAGAGGACCUGGAAAAGUUCAAAGCCCUACGCAUCAUUAUCCGCAUUGGCAGCGGCUACGACAACAUCGACAUCAAGGCUGCUGGAGAGCUGGGCAUUGCUGUGUGUAACAUUCCCUCGGCAGCUGUGGAGGAGACGGCAGACUCCACCCUGUGCCACAUCCUCAACCUUUACCGACGGAACACCUGGCUUUACCAGGCUCUCCGGGAGGGCACGCGGGUCCAGAGCGUGGAGCAGAUCCGCGAGGUGGCGUCCGGCGCCGCCCGCAUCCGUGGCGAAACCCUUGGCCUCAUUGGCUUCGGUCGUUCUGGCCAGGCAGUGGCGGUGCGUGCCAAGGUUUUCGGCUUCAACGUCAUCUUCUAUGACCCCUACCUGCAGGACGGCCUGGAGCGCUCGCUGGGCGUCCAGCGUGUCUACACCCUGCAGGACCUGCUCUACCAGAGCGACUGCGUCUCCCUGCACUGCAACCUGAACGAACACAACCACCACCUCAUCAACGACUUCACCAUCAAACAGAUGCGUCAGGGUGCGUUCCUGGUCAACACUGCACGGGGAGGCCUGGUGGAUGAGAAGGCCCUGGCCCAGGCGUUGAAGGAGGGCAGGAUACGUGGAGCUGCCUUGGACGUUCAUGAGACGGAGCCCUUCACUUUUGCUCAGGGCCCACUGAAAGACGCUCCGAACCUGAUCUGCACGCCACACACUGCAUGGUACAGUGAGCAGGCCUCUCUGGAGAUGAGGGAGGCAGCAGCCACCGAGAUCCGAAGAGCCAUCACCGGCCGUAUCCCUGACAGCCUAAGAAACUGUGUCAACAAGGAGUUCUUCGUCACCACGGCAGCAUGGGCAGUUAUGGAUCAACCAGGCGUUCACCCUGAGCUCAACGGUGCCGCCUACAGAUACCCGCCGGGUGUAGUUGGAGUGGCUCCGGGUGGCAUCCCGGGGGCGUUAGAGGGUAUGGUGCCAGGUGGGGUGCCCAUCGCCCACACACUGCCCUCUGGUACGCAUCCCUCCCAGGCCCCGUCGCCCAACCAGCCCUCCAAACACGGCGAGACCAGAGAGCACCUCACCGAGCAAUAGCAGCAGAAGGGAUACAAACGGCAACUUCUCAUCCGACCUGUCGACACUCAGAACCAACCAAUCACAAAGCAACCGACCAACUGGGACCAAGAGACAGUGAAACAACACAAGCGGCUGCCUGUUAAAUCAGUCAGCAACUGGGAACAAAGGAAGUGUUCCGAGGAAUUUGUACUUUUAAUGUUUUAGUUUUUACUCUGUCUCUUUGGGUUCAGUACUGACUUUACUCUUUGAUGAUGAUGGGUUUUUUGUUUUUUUCUUCGGGACAUGCCUAUGAUUGUGGACACAGAGUCCAAUGUUUUUAGCGCUACGGGAUUACCCGACGAGACUCUGUCCCGCCCCCCUACACCUCAGAGCUCAUGGGAAACGUAGGCCCACAUCUCAACACACCAUUGGGCGAACAAGAGAAAAAAACUUUGGCAUCAUGUGCUACUGGACCUUAUCCCCCCCCCCCCAUCCCCUUCCUGAUCCUCCCCACCUCUCCUCCUGUAACUAAUGUGUGUUGUUUAGGCCCCCUCAUUAUGCCUCAGAAGAGAAUUUUUUUCUUCAGUGUGAAUGACUAAAAAUGAAUUAUUGACUAUAUAUAUUUAUCAUUCGUCAAACAAAAGGAAAAGAUUGCUCAUCAGUUAUAAUAUAGUAAUCGAGAGUGGGUUUUAACCCUUUCCUGGCUAGAAGACAUACAACAGCUGUUGCAGUUACAGGAUUUCACCACUUGAGGGCGCUUCUUCACAGUGAGGAAUUUUUCUGCACCUGUGACUAUUGAGACCACAAGUUGCUCCAAUAUAUUGUGAUUUAGUUUCUUUCAGUGAAAAACAUUCAAUUCAUACAUUUGAUAGUAGCUGAAUUUUGACAUUACGGUAAAUGGAUUUAGCGGGAGCUGCAAGCUACGAUUUUGUCUUUAGUUAAGAGUUGAUGGGUCAGGACGACUGAGAAUUUUUUUUUUUUUUUUUUUUUUUAAAUCAUAAAAAAAUAAUGAAGUUGGUGUGACUGUAUCUGAUUCUUCUAUUGACAGCCGGACAUUUCUGACAGCCAAUGGACAACCAAUAUUAACUGUGAUACGUUCUUAGCAGCGCACAGAACAAUCUGUGCGCUGCUGAGCACAUAUCACAGUGAAGACAGGAAAGGGUUCAAGCUAACUUCAUUUCUUAAUGACUCAGGAAAACACCUUUUUGCAGAUAUUGUUUAAUCCCAGAAUUUGUCUUUGAGGUAAAAAACAAAAACAAAGUUAAGACCAAUCUGGUUAGUCUGAAUAUUUUCUCUCCUCCCUCCUAUCCAUUGUGGUAUUUUUAUAUACAAGGCACAGCCCAUGUUUUUGGUGUUAAAGAGUUUUGAAAAGUCCUGUUAGAUUUGUAUUGCCUAGUUAAAUGUUCCUAUAACCAUAGUCCUAUGUGAUCCGCCCUCUCUCUUCUCUCCUUAUAUUUUCUUUGUCCUAUUGAAGGCCAGGUUCUUGGGGCAUCCUGUACUCUUGUAAGAGCAAUAGCAGAAACUCCUACUUAGUGUCCCAACAAUAGCAGAAGAGGCAGCCAGCAGUAUGUUUUUGUUUUUAGUGUGAGUAUUUGUAUUUGUUUCUUGUACAAGGUGAACAUUUAGCAUUCAGUGCAGUUCAAAUAAAAGAUACAAUUCUGAGAACCA